AUGGACAUCAUUUGCCAGGCCAAGUCGGGUAUGGGAAAGACUGCUGUUUUCGUACUUGCUACGCUGCACCAGAUCGAGCCCGUGGACGGUCAGAUUAGCGUCGUGGUGAUGUGCCACACCCGCGAGCUGGCGUUCCAGAUCGCUCACGAGUAUGAGCGUUUCAGCAAGUACCUUGUGGACGUGAAGACCGGUGUGUUCUACGGAGGCGUGCCUAUUUCGCAGAACCGUGAGGCUCUGAAGAACAACCCGCCCCACAUCCUUGUGGGCACUCCCGGCCGUAUCCUGGGUCUGCUUCGCGAAAAGACCCUGAAGCUGGACAAGGUGAAGCACUUCGUCAUGGAUGAGUGUGACAAGAUGCUCGAAGCCAUCGACAUGCGUCGUGACAUCCAGGAGAUCUUCAAGGCGACGCCGCACGACAAGCAGGUGAUGAUGUUCUCGGCGACUCUGUCGAAGGAAAUCCGCCCCGUGUGUCGCAAGUUCUGCCAGGACCCGAUGGAGAUUUACGUCGACGAUGAGACGAAGCUGACCCUUCACGGUCUGCAGCAGUACUACAUCAAGCUGGAGGAGUCGGAGAAGAACCGCAAGCUGAACGACCUGCUGGAUGCGCUGGAGUUCAACCAGGUGGUGAUCUUCGUCUCCAAGAAGAACCGUGGACGCGAGCUCAACCGCCUGCUGAACGAGUGCAACUUCCCCUCGAUCUGCAUUACGGCCGACCUCUCUCAGGAGGAGCGUAUUAAGCGGUACAAAAGCUUCAAGGACUUCCAGAAGCGUAUCCUGGUGACGACGGACCUUUUCGGCCGUGGUAUGGAUAUUGAGCGUGUCAACAUCGUGGUCAACUACGACUUCCCGAACGACAGCGACCAGUACCUUCACCGCGUGGGCCGUGCCGGUCGUUUCGGUACCAAGGGUCUGUCGAUUAGCUUCAUCUCGUCGGAGGAGGACACGGAGAUGCUUGCUAAGGUGCAGUCUCGUUUCGAGGUCAACAUCCCCGAGCUGCCCGACCAGAUCGACAUCUCCACCACUCCAUUUUCCGCGCCUCCAUCUUCUCCUGCUCGCGUUUCUGACGUCGUUCCUCCUCUGCCGCCAUCUCCUCUUGUCGCUUCACGGUCCCGCGAGCCUUCUUGGGAACGAAGACGGCCUUCGGGAGCGCCCGCACCUGGCUGUUGGCGGUCACGAAGCCGCGGUCCUCCUCGUAGCCAUGUGCGAAGGCUGGGACUUGACCUGCUCGGUACCGCGUCACUUUCUUGGACGGGUCCACCUUGGGCUUCAGUGGCUUGA